AUGGACGAAGACCUAGGCUCUGGCUCUGGAGGGGAAGUGGUUCCAAUGGCUUGGAUGCCUUCUCCGACACUUGAAAUUGAAGCUCUGAAGCAGAAUGAACCAGAAGCUGAAGGGAAUAACCAUGUUUUGGUGGGGGCUAAUGCAGCUGAAGUGUCUCCGAUGUCCAGUCUUCAAUGUGGCCCACCAGGCCCCACAGAGAACAUGAAUUUUAUGACUUUGGCUGAAGCUGCAGCCGAGGAGGCAACAAGUGCCCUCUACCAAGAUCUGGACUCUGCUUGGUCAAGUGAUGGCAUGGCGUCUGCAAAUGUGGAUAUGGAAGAGGCACACAAUGAUGAAAUGGCAUCUGCCGGUACACAGCCCGCCAUCGACUGUAGUAUACGUACAAUACUGAACCACCUCUGUGACCUGUCACAUGAUCCUGUUUCAUCAUCCAGUGAACAUAUUCGGGAUCGAUGCCACCAUCAGCACAAGCUAGGGCCAUCAAGAAGUUCCGUGAAAAGUCGCAGUAGAACAAGCGGUGAAGCACACAACUGCUUCACGUCUUUGGAAGAGAACAUGUCACCUGACAAUUCACUUGAAAAUAAUGAACAUGAUGUUUCACUGGACAACCGGCAAGACUUUCUGGACGUUGACACUGAUCGGUCAUCCAACUCGAAUGAUGCCUGGGAUCCCCUGAACCCUUACGGGCUGUUUAAUCUGCCUGAACCGGCAAACUCAUUGCGAAGCAGCAAUUCUCGCAGAUGGAAUAUUAACUGUGCAUUACAGAGAGCCAGAGAUGGCUUUGGAAUCUUCAAUCUUAGUCAAGGUCCAGAAGGUUCAGAUUGUCAGACAGCAGCUGCUGCAUCACCUCCGGCAGAAUUGUUUGAGACGCCUGACCAAGCUCCUCGAUCACAGCCUUCUUCGUCACUUGAGCCUUUGCCAUCAUCAACAUCUGUGUGUUUGAGGAAUUUACUAGAAGAAAAUGAUUGCACGUCAAGACCAUUCUCUUUCCUGCAUUAUCCUGAUGUGGCUUCAGAUCCAUGGGCAGAACCAUCAGAGGGUCCUUCUUGCUGGAGUAAGU